UAUAUCGACGCUAGAAACGACUCCCGCAUUUUUCAUUUCAAACUAGCGCAUUUAUUGUAAAUUUUUCCAAGUGUUGUGUCGAAAUAGGAGCGUUAAAAUGGGCACUAAAGUUACAAAAAUGGAUGGCAGCUACUUACCAGAUACACCAACUUUAAACAAAUUGCGCAUUGCAAAUACUUCUGCCCCAAAUCAAGAGAUUGAGAUGUUAAACACAACCCCUGGCCGGGGAGAAAAUAAAGAGUUGCUUGAUCCACGCUCUCCCAAUGGCUGUCGCACCCCCUUGAAUUUUUUGCAGACUGAACCCCAGAUAAAACACGUAGAGAAUUUACCAGUUGUAAAUGAAAAUGCUUUUGCGCAGCUACGCAAGCGUUUGCUUAAAGGCUUUGCCCUCAACGAUCCACGUUCGCCGCAGCUGAAUCGCACCCCUCUGAUCCUCGAUGAGGCUAUUGAUCGCACACUGAACAUGGAUGAUACAUUUUCUGAUCUGUUUGUAGAGACGCGUGUGCCAACAACGACAAUUGAAGUGGAAACAGUUGAGCAGCAACAUGCUAAGGUUAGUGAGGGACCUUCUGUGCAUAACAACAGCUCGCUGGAGAUUGUGUCACUGCCCUAUGAUGAGGAGGACACCAUGCCUUGUGACAUUGUGUUGCAACACACGCCACCACAACUGGGCUUUGAUCCUCGCUCGCCUAGCGUCGGCGUGGAGCGUACUCCCAUCAUAUUUUGCGAUGAUGAGGAAUCCGAGGAACGCGAAACACAGAUGUUGGAGGAAAUUCUCGAAACGCUGACUCUCAAUCUUAGCAACGAGAGCAGCAUGGCUUCGUUUGUGAGUGCGGCUGAAAUAGCUCUAGAUGAACCACAACAACAAACAGAAAAGCCAGCAAAUAAACACUUGGAGCGUGUGCGUCUAGGUAACAAACGUCGUGUGGCACCACGCAAACCGGCACGUGCCAGUAAAUCGCAGAUCUAUGUCGAUUCCAGCAGCAGCACUCCAAAGAGCACCCCGAAAAGCACUUCGAAGGGCACUCCGAAUGGGACACAACGUACACCACUAUGCUGCAUCAACAAAAAUCGAGUCCACUUGCGCUCCCGCUCUGUGGAUAAGGAUACGCGCAUCAAGACGCAACUGCCAUUGCAGUGCUACGACGAUCAGCUCAAUCCCAGCGAGCGUGUCUUGCGCAUACUCAACAUGGAGGGCUAGACUGGAAAUAUAGAAGAUUGUAUACUAAAAGCGUUUAGUAGGAUUUUUUGCCUUAACUUUUAAGCACAGCCACCACCAACCAUUUUUAUAUUUUAUUUUAAUUAAGUACAUUUUACAUAAAUUUAUUGCUCCAAAAAUAUAUUUGCUAAUUGGUUCAAGA